GUGAAAUCACUUGACCGGUAACUGUUAGCUUGUCACGUGACAAAACAGCCGCCCGACCUCACAUGACUACUCGUCUGACCAACAGCGGAUUUUAACAGUAAAUCAAUACAAUGAGGCUGGUCAUUCUGGACGACUAUGACCUGGCCAGUGAGUGGGCAGCAAAAUACAUCCGCAACAGAAUCAUCCAGUUCCGGCCCUCCGCUGACAGAUACUUCACUCUGGGUUUACCUACAGGGAGUACUCCCUAUGGCUGUUACCAGAAGUUGAUAGAAUACUACAGAAGUGGAGAUAUUUCAUUCAAAUAUGUGAAGACCUUCAACAUGGAUGAAUAUGUUGGUCUACCUCGUGCUCAUCCAGAGAGCUAUCAUUCCUACAUGUGGAACAACUUCUUCAAGCACAUCGACAUCGAUCCAGCCAAUGCUCACAUCCUGGAUGGAAACGCAGAGGACCUGGAGUCAGAGUGUCAGGCCUAUGAGCAGAAGAUCGCAGAGGCUGGAGGAAUUGAGCUGUUCGUAGGAGGUAUCGGCCCUGAUGGUCACAUAGCGUUCAAUGAGCCAGGUUCCAGCCUUGUCUCCAGAACCAGAGUGAAAACUCUGGCUAAGGAUACCAUUGUGGCCAACGCUCGUUUCUUUGGCAACGACCUCUCCAAGGUUCCCACCAUGGCUCUGACUGUGGGAGUCGGAACUGUCAUGGAUGCCAAAGAGGUGAUGAUUCUGAUCACAGGAGCACACAAAGCCUUUGCUCUGUAUAAAGCCAUAGAGGAGGGAGUGAACCACAUGUGGACUGUAUCAGCAUUCCAGCAGCACCCGCGCACCAUCUUUGUCUGCGAUGAAGACGCCACCCUGGAGCUACGGGUCAAAACAGUCAAAUACUUCAAAGGUUUAAUGCAUGUUCAUAAUAAACUGGUGGACCCAGUGCUCAGCAUUAAGGACCAGUGAAACAGAGAGGAUCACCAAGGAGGAGAGCUGAAGGGAAGACGGUCAACAUGACUGGACAGCCUUAUUACUCUGGUACUGUUCUCUGCCUGAGGACCGGACUGACUGUCCCGACCUGUGCGUAUUGUUCAUGCAUACACUUGAACUGUCUUUGGAUAAUGUUACAGUUAAUUAAUGAGAGGUCAAUGAUAUAAGGAGAUAUGCCCUCUGAGGUUCUUUGUUUAGCAUUUAAAGGGAUAGUGCCAGGUUACGUUUUCUAAUCACAGCUGCUGGUCUUCACUGUUGUUCAGUAUGCGAACAUUAGAGAUAAGAUUUAAAGUCAUGACAGUAAACAUAAAGUCAUUAUUUUGUUUGGUGUGUAAAGACUGUGAAUGAAACAGUACAGUAUCUAUUUGAUAUAUUUUCUUUAUUUUUCAUCAAUGAUUCAUCUCCCAGUUAGUGAUUUGACAGGAAGAAGCAGAAACUUGGACCCUAAUAUUUGAUCAUUUGGAUAUCUGUUCAUUGGUUUCAGUUUUCACUUUUGGGAUUCAAAUUUUUUUUUGUUUUCUUUUUGAGAAAUGACAAUAAAGAAACCAUAAAUACAUAUAAAAGUCAGUGUAUUCCAUACACUGACUUUUUUGUUUGUGGUGGUCCACCACAAUACCAGCAUGACCACCACAUGUUGAAUUUAUAGAUGUAUUUUUUACCUUAAAAUGGCCAGUGUUUUGAUUUGCUCAGCCUCUCUUUGCCCCUCUCUCUCUCUCUCUCUCUCUCUCUCUCUCUCUCACUCUCACUCUCACUCUCUCUCUCUUUCUCUUUGUUACCCCGCCAUCCCUCCGCCUCCCUGUCGCUAGGACAUUACUGCUGCGGGAGUGUGAGCUCCACACUGGGGACAGUUGGUGAGAGUCUGCCUGGUCGCACACAGUGACGGGGCUAACUGUUAGCAUCACAUGGCUAAAGUUACCCAACGUUUGUUAACAAGGUAAACCACAGAGUCAAGUUGUUCCAGUGUCGGUGUGAGUUUGUUGGGGCCAUUUAACAGCUCAGUGUCAAAUGUUAACCACUGCUGCUAUGUUAGCUCGUGCUAACCAGGCAGUCGUUGAACUGACACAGAGGAGAGUGCUCCGGAAAUGGUCCAUAAGUGCUGCGUCUCACCAGUUUAACACAAACACUAAAUCGUAUAAAUAUAAAUCUUGAAUUUGUUGGAUGCUGUUUCUUCACCUAGAGGAACCUAUUGAUUAGUACAGAGGCUCAUUGAGCAAUUAUGGAACUUAAAGAGUUUGGAUUUUUAGAAGUGGGCUUGUAUGAGGUAUUUAUCAUAGUCAGUGUAUUACCAACAGUAGAUAGGAGAAGCAGGCAGGAGACCCAACACGGAAGCUUGAUGUGGGCGGGGUUGGCAAUAAAUCAAGGAUUAGCCACCUAAAAACGUCCUACCAAAAACAAUAACAAUUUAUGUGUAUGCUGUAUUGAGAGUAUUUUCACUGCUUUGACUUUCCAUCAGACAGCAAUUUCAGAUGGAGUUAUAUGGAGAUGAAGUUAUAUCACUCUCUUCAAAGCCAGACUCUACUGAGAAAAAACAUUGAUUUAACAUCGCAGAACACAGGAGCUGUUGGUCUACUGCUGCCUCCAUUAGUUAGGGUUUUUUGUGUUAUUGUGUGACUUUGGUAUUUGGCACUCACCAAAGUCACACAGUAACACAAACUAACUAACUGAUAGAGGCAGCGGUAGACCAACAGCUCGUAUGUUGAGUGAACCAAAAUGACUGUUUAUGUCAAUGGAGUCUGAUGGCUUUGAAGAGAGAAUAGAUAUGGAACUGCAGCCGUUAUUGGCUUCCCUAUUGGAACAGGCUGUGUGACAGAAAAGAGGUGAAAACACUCUCAAUAUAGUGUGUAUUCAAACUGUUAAUAUGUUUUGCUGCUGACCCCUCCAGCACAGUACAUUAUUUAGCUUCCAUUUCAGCACUCCUACCCAUUUUCCAAAAUGAGUGCAUACUGACACACAUCUACUGUUGCUUACACACUGACUAUGGGUAAGAACCUCAAUCAACCCCACUUCAAAAAAUCUGAACUCUCCCUUUAACAUCAAUAAAUGUCAUCAGAAGUGACCUUUGAUUCUGGUCAAACUGUUGCUUUUGUAAAGUGUAUGCAUAUAUGUAUCCAAGGAAUGUGAAUUGCAUGCCGCUUUCAGCAGCUCCGUGCUUCCCCUUUGCUGAUGGUCACACAGCCACAGUGCUCCACUGCAGGACACUAAACAAGUCAAACCUGAAUUUUACAUCAAACUUCAACAUUUUACAAAACCUUGUUUAACGUCACAAAAUCCCAACUCAAGGUCCACUUAUUAGCUUUGUCAGAGCUUUUCUUUAUCUACGAGUGAAGAUGCUUCAGUUGCACCACGUGACGUCAGUAUAAAACUUUAAUCACAUGUCAACAGUUGGAGGGUAUGGUUUGACAUGGCAACCUCUGUGUCUGUUCAAAGAUGCUCUCUGGUGUCCUCCUUGAUCUUUCUCUUGUCGUCCACUGACUCCUGCUCCAUGCCCUUUGACCUCUGCUCAGUGGAUGCUGUGAGUAGUUCUAGUCUGGUGUUCUCAGACAGCUGAUAUCUGUUUCUAAUGUUCAUACAGUCUCUAAAAUCAGAUUUCCAACAAAGCUAGUUAAGUGAUUUUUUGGUUUGGAUUAUUUUGUCACAUACUGAUGUCAAUGUAAAAACACCACAUUUGAUGUAGUUUUGUGCUGUUACUUGGUGUGCGAGCAUGAUUGCUAAGCAGCUGAGCGUCACGUUUUUUUCUCUUUUUUUAAUGUAUAUUCUUUUUUUUUUCAAAUGGGAAUCAAUGACUAUUGAUUGUUUCUCGGCACUAAGGGUCAGCAGCUCCUCUGCAGCAGUGGUCUGUCCCACCUCUAGACUGCUGUCCUGUGCAUGCAAAGUGAAUGUUGACUGUCAGUACUGUUGUAUAUCAGACAAAGUGUAAAGUAGACCUUGAUGACAUUAUUCACCUCAGUGACUAUCUAAUGUAUCUCUUUAACACUUCACUUUGGUCAGUAGCCUUUGCAGCAUUUUCCACUGUAAUGAUGUCAUUUAUUUCCUUCUUAAGUGUUUGGUUAUCACAUUGUGUUCUUGGUUUUCUUUUAUUCUUAUAUCACUCCCAUUGUUCAUCAGGCUGUUACAGUUAGGACUUCUAGUCAGUGUUUGUGCUCACAUGCUGUAGUUUUAAACUCCUUAUUUUCCAAUGACAAUAAAAAACUUUGCUAAGAA